AUGGCGGUUACUCUUGACACGACAAAAGGAGUUGACACUUCUCAUACUGCUGCUGAGGAUUUUAGUAGAACACACGACAAUCAAACGUUACAUGACUCAGACACAGGUGAAGGUCCAUCCUUUGACUCGAACGGGAUUCCUUACAAUUACAUAAUCAUUAUUGAUGCAGGGUCCAAAGGUUCUAGAGCGUACAUCUACAACUAUCUAAAUACUGGAUAUAUGGAAAAGAAUGGUUUCUUGACCCCAGGAAAGUUAGUUGAUGGUAUCACGAUGGCCAAUAAACUUCCGUAUGUGCAUAGUGAAGCUGGCUGGAACAAGAAAAUCCGGCCCGGAUUAUCUUCUUUUCGGAAAAACGUUCACGAUGAAGACUCAACGCUAUUGGUGAAGACGAUUGGAGAGAAAUAUUUAUCAAAGUUACUUAAGAAGGCUGUUGAAAUUGUUCCUACAAAUCUUCAAAACAAAACACCGAUCUUUGUUCAUGCCACGGCGGGUCUAAGGCUUCUCGAUGAGUCCGAGCAAAAUGCUAUCCUUAGUGCCACAUGUCAGUAUAUCCAAUCCAGUACGGAGUUCUAUAUGCCAAAGUGUAGCGAACACGUGAGUACGAUUCAAGGAGACGAAGAGGGACUUUAUGGCUGGAUAGCGAUGAACUAUCUUGCCGGGACGUUACGAAAGGGUGAAAAAUCGCAUGGAUUGUUGGAAUUAGGAGGUGCAUCUACUCAAAUUUCGUUUGUUCCAAACGAAACAGAACGCAAGGAGCACCAUAAUGAAUUGAUGACGUUGAAAUUGGCCAAUAUUGGUAGCAAAGAAGCCGAUAUGGAGUAUGAGGUUUACUCCAAGUCAUUUUUGGGAUAUGGGAUGCAUCAGAUACACUUGAAAUAUCUUGAACAGUUGAGUAAAGAAGUUACCGGUGAUUAUGCAUCGUUGGUUGAUCCAUGCCUUCCCUAUGGAUACCAUAAAGAGAUGCAGUUGAACGUUAGGAAAAGGAGGAUUGUAGGAUCUGGUGACUCUUCGGAGUGUCAAAGUAUCGUUUAUAGGACUCUUGCAUCUGGAAAUUUGGGUGGAUGCGACGAGAAAAACAAGUUGGAGGUGUCGAAGUGCCUUUUGAAUGACACAAUUCCCGCCUUUGACUUCAACUUCGAGAACUUUUACGGCGUUUCAGGCUAUUGGGAUACGAUUUCCAAUCUACUUGACCUUGGAAAAGUAUCUUCUUCAGAGUAUGAAAAAUAUGGGAAGAUGUAUUCUUAUUCAGAGAUUCAACAGGAGACAUCCAAAGUGUGCUCGUUGGGUUGGAAGCAGCUUCAGUCUUACAGAGACAUUGAUAAUGAGGAAGAUCUCGCAGAUUUGUGCUUCAAAUCUACCUACAUGACUAGUUUGUUGCAUAAUGGAUUAGGAUUAACCAAAAACGGUACGGCAAAGUUCCAAAUAAAUGAUAAGAUCAAUGGCACAGAUUUCACUUGGACGUUAGGAAGAGCUGUGCUAUAUGCCAGUGAUGAAGCACAGCUAGAGACGGGUGGCGAGUCCGUUGGAUAUUCGCGCAACUCUGCUGCUGAGGUGUUCAUAAAGGGAAGUGAAGAGAUACCAGGGUCGCUUGCUAGUGGUACAAAGAAGACCGGUUCGUCAUCCAAUGAAUCCUAUUCGCUCUUGAGUCUUUUGGUGCUCGUCUUAUUAGCGUUCGUUUUACUAUUAAGGCGCCCGCUCGUCCUAAGAAUAUUCAAGGGUAUUGUCAACAGGUUGACUAAAGGCAAGAAGUACAGACGAGUCAGCAUUGAUGACAUUGAAACGGCAAAUUUUGAUGAUGAUGCAAUUAAAUUACGGGACAUACAUAUCACCAGAAGCGUUGACACAGAUAGCAGGAGCAGUAUGGAUUCUAUGGAUCCUAUGUACCUUACCGUCCCUGCGCACACUGCAGACCCAUUUCGAAUCGAUGAUGAGGAUGAUGAAUUAGUUAGAUAA